AUGGAGGAACUUCGCGUUACCUUUACUAAGCGUCUUACGAAACCAUUAGAAUAUCGUAAAAAGCAACUCGAACAGUUAUAUCAUUUAAUCGAAGAAAACAAGGAAGAAUUAUCUGAAGCAUUAUAUAAAGAUUUGCAUAAAUCUAAGAUUGAAUCAUUAAUUGCAGAAAUUGGAACAAUUAGACAAGAAUGCUUGGAAGCACUUAAUCAUUUGUACGAAUGGGCUGCCCCGGAAUCUGUUAAAACCAAAAUGAUAUAUAAGAUGAAUAAGUGCUAUAUUAGAAAAGAUCCUGUCGGUACUGUGCUUAUAAUUGGAGCAUGGAAUUAUCCAGUCACCCUAUUAUUAACACCAUUCGUCGGAGCCAUAGCAGCUGGCUGUACUGCAAUAUUAAAACCAUCAGAAUUGGCAGUCAACACUGCGGCGGUGAUCGCAAAGCUCUUUCCAAAAUAUUUGGAUCAAAAUGCUUAUCGAAUUAUAAACGGAGGUGCCACCGAGACAAUGGCAUUAUUAGAGUAUCGAUUUGAUCAUAUAUUUUAUACCGGUUCUGGUGCUGUUGGAAAGAUAAUUAUGACAGAAGCUGCUAAACAUUUGACCCCUGUUACUUUGGAGUUGGGAGGAAAGAAUCCAGUUAUUCUAGCCGAUGAUGCUGAUAUCCCUAUAAGUGCUAAGCGAUUGGUCUGGGGUAAAACCUUUAAUUCUGGGCAGACGUGUAUUGCCCCGGAUUAUAUUAUUUGUACACGUGAUACACAAGAAGCUUUGGUAAAGGAAAUACCAAAAGCCAUCAAGGAUUCUUAUGGAAGAAAUCCACAAAAAUCUCCAGAUUAUGGUCGUAUAAUUAAUCAACGGCAUUUUGAUCGCUUGUCAAAUCUACUUUCACAAACGAAUGGAAAAGUAGUAAUUGGUGGCAAUUCGGAUCGUGAUGAUUUAUAUUUUGAACCAACUAUAGUUAUUGAUGUACCUAAGGUUGAUAGUUUAAUGCAAGAGGAGAUAUUUGGACCUGUCUUGCCUAUUGUUGUAGUUGAAAAUAUCGAUGAAUCCAUUAAGUAUAUCAAUGAAAGAGAUACUCCGUUGGCUUUGUAUCCUUUCUCUAGAAGUGAUAAGACUGUAAAAUACAUUUUGGAUAAUACUCGAUCUGGUGGCGUAGUUAUUAACGAUACUAUGCUACAUUAUGCCGUAUCAACUCUUCCGUUUGGAGGAACUGGAGCAUCAGGUAUAGGAGCAUAUCACGGUCGUCAUUCAUUUGAUAUAUUCACACAUAAAAGAAGCGUAAUGAGUUCACCGUUAGCACUCGAAAAGUUAUUAACAACCAGAUAUGCACCGUAUA